AUGCCCACCGAGUACGAGGAAAACGACGUCGAGAGCUCAGCCGCGGGCGCCGGCGCCAGCGCCGAUGUCGAGAUGGAGGGCGCCACGGCUGUCGCGGGCGACGAGACGGUCGUUGCCGAAGAGACUGUCGUUGCCGAGAAGGACAACGCACCAGAGCCACGCGCUACCUUUAUCAGCUACCUCAUGAGCCCUGUCGUCACCCUGUUGAUUGGCAACAACGACACCGAGUCCAUCCUGACAGCACACCAAGCUCUCCUCGUUCGGAGCCCCUUCUUCAGGGAAGCUUGCGCCCAGUUCAGCGAUGAUGGCAGUCCGGGCCAGGGCGAGCUGCUCAACGAAAACGUUGACGCCGGAGGCAAAUUCCUCGAAUACCUCUACACAGGCGACAAUUACCCCCGGAAAAUCCCGGGUCAGCGCACCCUCAAAAUCGACCCCCCGGCGCCCGAAGUCGACGACACGGGAAAACAAUUGGUCAAGCACGCGCGCGGCUACACCCUGGCCGAAAAAUUUUGGGUCGACCGCCUGGGCACCCCCGCCAGCUCCAAAAUUCACUGGGGCGACUCCACCGCCAAGGGCGAGAUCGCCUACGCCCCCUACGUUUAA